AUGACGAACAACUAUGAUCACUGGAGGUGCACACCAACGCCUCUUGCUUGUCUGAACGAGAUGAACGUCUCGUCAUCCAGCCAUACAGAACUAGCUGAAGCCGUCAAUCUCAUCAAAUCCUUCAUAGAACAAGUUGUGGCUGCCUUCGAGAAAAACGAAGAGUUGAUAGAGAAGCCUGAUCGCAUGAUGUCACCGAGGAAGAUGGAAGUUGAGCAAGACUCUACCGCUUAUUUGGAGCAAACCAGACACAGCAAUGAAGAUUUGGAGGUGCAAGCGCUGAAUUCCGUGGAUGAAUCACCGCGGUACGGCCUGACGAAGAGGAGAGGGUUGAACCUCCCUGCCAUCCUCCCUGGGCCUCAAAAUUCAGACAUGGAGGGAGAGGGGUUGCAGGUGGACUCUGGCUCGGAACCUGGGCAAGGCAUUCACCUGACUCCUCUGUCUCCUUCCUCCAUCCGAAGCAAGAAAAGUUUCAUCGACUCGGGGGAAGCCUUGUUUCCUCCGCAAGCAGUCGACAAGGGCCGCGCGCAUGGAGGCUCCAAGGGUGGAGGGGCAAAAGUUCUGUCGCAAUGGUCGGGGACCUCUCCGUUCAAGUCGAUGACUCUAUCCCCUGUCGCCGCUCUCAACAGGGGCGAGAGAUACUUCAAUGAGCGAUCCUCGUCGAGUGCUGCCCAGUCUCCUCUGAAUCGCCCGUUCUCAAGGGCCUCUUCGUCUGACUCGACCGCGAGAUCGUCGGGCAAGAGAAGAAUCAAGGGAGGCAAGAAAGACCUGCGUUCCAUCCUCUCAAGCUGGGUCCGAGGCUCGGGCUCCUCCCACACAUCGUUCCGCUAUGUGUUCAAGGUUGUUGACCAGGACGGAGUCCAGUAUCGGCACGAGCCACAUUUCGACGCUCGUGUGUACAGGCAGAGGUGGUGGGACAAUGAAGAGGAGCAGUAUGGACCAGAGUUCGAGGAUCUGGUUGCUGCUGUUUGCAUCCAGAAGAACUGGAUUCAGGUCGCCAACGGCUUCUGGCUGCCCAUCAAGAGUUUGGAGGGGACGCAGAUCCUGGAGCUCGUGGAGAUUCUUGAUACCUGCAACCUCCUCGAGGAUCAGGAGGAGGCGAGUGCUUGCGCUGUCUGGCAACCUGUCACGCUCCCUGCUGCCGCAGGCCGUCCUGGGGUCGCCAUAGCAGAAGCCGGAUACACGAGAGGGGUGCACCUGAUCCUGCUCAAGGUCCUGCAGAUGAGCAAGUACUGCUACGUUGGCUUCACCGAGCUGCCCGAGCAAGGGGCGGGACAGGACUCUGGCUCCCUCUGCACCAUGGGUUUCGCCAUAGGUGGGAAGCAGGCCAGCAAGUCUCAGACGUCAGAGGCGGAGAGAGCAGGGGGUGGGGCCUGCCCUGUCCCUCAAGUCCGAACGUGGAGGAAGGGGGUGAUGGGUGAGUUUGUGGUCUCUUUCCAGCAGAACGAUGUCCUGGGGCUGCUGCUGGACAUGGACCAACGGACUCUCGUCUACUACAUCAACGGCAGGAGUGUCGGGCGCGUCUUUUCUCAGCUUCCCUCAGGCCCCUUGUUCCCAGCCGCUGGCAAUCAUCAGUCCGGAGCGGCAGCGUGCUUCAAGGCAUGCUUCGGGGUCAAGUUCUCCCUCUAUCAAGACCAGCUGCUUCCUGAUCCGGAGUGCGCCUUGUUUCUUGGGACGUGA